AUGGAAAAUCCGCUCAAGGGGAAGUUAGAUAAAACGAUUUAUUCCCCAUCUGCAAAAGAGAAACGCUCCUGUUUUAACAACUUGAAGCUAUUUCUUGCAGCCUUAUCCUUCUUGUAUUUUGCAAAAGCGUUGGCUGGGAGCUAUAUGAAAAGUACUAUCACACAACUGGAGAGACGUUUUGACUUGCCCAGCUUCCUGGUUGGUAUCAUUGAUGGAAGCUUUGAAAUUGGGAAUUUGCUAGUGAUUUCAUUUGUGAGCUACUUUGGAGCAAAAUUUCAUCGUCCCAAGUUAAUCGCAUUUGGAAGCCUCACCAUGGGCCUUGGAACCAUUUUAAUAGCUAUGCCUCAUUUCUUCAUGGGGCGCUACAACUAUGAAACAGCACUUAAAUUUUCAAGCAAUUCAACCACAGUAGCCUCCCAAUGUUCAAAUGACUCCAGUAGCACAGAAACUGUGGAGACUUCGCCUGUGCCCCUUCCCGGUUGUGAGAAAGAGGGAGGCUCGCCAAUGUGGAUAUUUCUAUUCCUUGGUAAUACUUUGCGAGGAAUAGGUGAAGCUCCAACUGGACCAUUGGGAAUAUCCUAUCUUGAUGAUCACGCCACAGAGGAAAAUGCAUCUUUUUACAUUGGAAUUUUACACACGGUUACCCUCGUUGGCCCAGUGUUUGGAUUUUUACUGGGAUCGUAUUGUGCCAAGCUUUUUGUCGACAUUGGAUUUGUUGAUUUGGAGAGAGUUACACUGACCUCAAGGGAUGCAAGAUGGGUUGGUGCUUGGUGGCUUGGAUUUUUAAUUUCUGGAGGAGUUGCCAUUCUUUCUGCCAUGCCCCUGUUGUUCUUUCCGAGAUCUCUCACCAAGGAGUCGAGAAAGAAUGAACCAAGCAAUACCUGUGAAAAGGUGGAAUUUAUCAAACAGGAUCAGAAUGAAGUUGCAGGAAAGUUCCAACGACCUUCUAAUUUCACCCCUAAUAAGAUGAGCCCUUGUUUUUUUUCAUCAGUAAAAUCACUGAUUACCAACCGUAUCUUUGCCCUGUAUUUGUUGUCAAUGGUCCUGCAAAUCAACUCCAUAGUUGGCUUGAUAACUUUUAAAGCCAAGUUUAUUGAGCAACACUACGGACAGUCGGCAUCAAAGUCCAACUUCAUAAUCGGAAUCAUAAGCAUCCCUGCAGUGUGCCUCGGAAUUUUCUUUGGCGGUUUGGUGAUGAAAAGGUUUAAAAUGAAUGUUGUUCAAGCUGUAAAGAUGUGCAUUGGCUGCAGUGUCUUGGGUUGGUUACUGUCACUCACCUAUUUUGCAAUGGGCUGUGACAAUUCUCGUGUGGCUGGUUUAACUGUCUCCUAUGAAGGCAAGCCCCGCAUCUCCUUUGAUGGAGCUGGCCUGUACCAGGACUGUAACUUAGCAUGUUCUUGCCCACGGACACAGUGGGAGCCCAUUUGUGCCGGAAAUGGGAUUACAUAUGUAACACCAUGUCUCGCUGGGUGCAAGACAUCUUCUGGAGUGGGGAAGAAUACAGAGUUUCACAACUGCAGCUGUAUUUCAACUCUGAUGGCCACAAAUUCUUCAGCCCUUCUAGGACAAUGCCCUAAAUCAGUCGAAUGUGAAAAAUAUUUCUUCUACUACAUGGUAUUUAGUGUGCUGAGUGCUUUUAGUUUCUCCUUAGGCUCUGUUCCCGGAUUCAUGAUCUUACUCAGAUGCACUGAACCAGAGCUAAAAUCAUUGGCAAUAGGUGUACAAACCUUGAUUAUGAGAUCACUUGCUGGAAUCCCAGCUCCCGUUUACUUUGGAGCUUUGAUGGACAGAACUUGUCUGAAGUGGGGGGCAAAGCAGUGCGGGGGGCGAGGGGCCUGCAGAAUUUAUGACUCUACUGCUUUCAGGAACAUCUACUUGGGAUUACAGGUAGUUUUGCGUGGAUUGGGUAUAAUUGUGUUCUUUGGCAUUCUGACACUAGUAAAGAAACGAUUUCAAGCCAAGGACCAACCUAAAUGUAACACAGAAGUCAUGCCUUUUCAGGACAAGGAAUGUGGGCCUGGUAAUGGAGAUUUUCCGGCGAAAGUAGAUAUCAGUGACACAGAAAAGGAGUCGCAUUUCUAA